AUGGCCGGAGAGGGCGGUGGUCCAGCCCGCGGCGCUCGCGUCGUGCUGUGCCCACUACCGUUCCAGGGUCACCUCAGCCCGAUGCUGCACCUGGCCGAGGCCCUCCACGCGCGGGGGGUCGCCGUCACCGUCCUCCACACGGCGUUCAACGCGCCGGACCCCGCGCACCACCCGGCGGGGCUGGCCUUCGUCGCCGUGCCGGACGUCAUCCCGGAGGCCGUGGCCGCGACGAACAACGGCAUCGCCAAGGUCCUCGCCCUCAACGCCGCCAUGGAGGCGUCGGGGCACGUCCGCGACGCGCUCGCGUCGCUCCUCGCGGAGGAGGGGGCACCGCGGCUGGCGUGCCUCAUCUUCGACUCCACCCUCUCCGCCGCGCAGAACGCUGCGGCUGGCCUCGGGCUGCCCACGCUCGUGCUGCAGACCGGCAGCGCCGCCUGCUUCCGUCUGUUCAGGUCCGACACCUACGACAUGCUCCACGACAAGGGCUAUCUGCCAGCCACAGAGUCCAACCUACACAUGCCCGUGGAGGAGCUGCCACCUCUACAAGUGAGGGACCUGUUUGACCCAAGCAAGCUCCCCAACAAAGAAAUCGUGCACAAGAUCUUGAGUCGUGCCACCGAGACCAGAACAAACUCCUCCGGUGCAAUACUCAACACAUUUGAGGUUCUUGAGUCCCACGAGCUUGCGAUGAUCCGGGACGAACUUGCCCACAAAGGUAUUCCACCCUUUGCCGUCGGUCCGCUUCACAAGCUCGUCACCUCUAACGAUGGCGGCGCCGAGACUAGUCUACUCAACCAGGACCGCAGUUGCAUCGAGUGGCUGGACACGCAGGCCCCUGGCUCCGUGCUAUAUGUGAGCUUUGGUAGUGUUGUUCAUGUGACCCAAGACGAGUUUAUGGAGAUGGCAUGGGGCCUAGUGAAUAGCAGCAAGCCAUUUCUAUGGGUGGUUCGGCGUGGCCUCGUGCUUGGAGUGGACAAACAGGAGCUCCCGGAUGGGUUCAUGUCGGCUGUGGAGGGUAGAGGCAAGGUGAUCGAGUGGGCACCGCAACAAGAGGUGCUUGCUCACCCUGCGGUAGGAGGCUUCUGGACUCACAACGGAUGGAACUCCACCUUGGAGAGUAUCUAUGAGGGGGUGCCUAUGCUGUCGAGGCCAAUCUUUGGAGAUCAAUUGCCCACCGGAAGGUACGUGCGCGACGUAUGGAGGAUUGGAAUUUUGUUGGAGGGUGUGCUAGAGCGAGGGGAGGUCGAGAAGGCCAUCAAGAAGCUGAUGGAUGAAGAUGAGGGAGUUGAAAUCAGGAGAAGAGCAAAGGAUCUGAAGGAGAAAGUGCGGAUGUGCCUUGACAGCAGUGGGUCUUCUCAACAGGCCGUUGAUAAGUUGGUGGAUCACAUACUUUCUCUUUGA